AUGUCCAGCGUACUGGCAGAUACACAACGAGCAUUUGUACAGUUCAAAGACCACGCUGCGCCGCUAUUUCUGAUUCUGGUGCACGACUCGCCUACAACAGAGGCUGUGGACAUUGCCUCGAAACUCUGCAUGAGCGAAGUGGAAGGCGUGGAGUCCGAGAAAGAGCGUAUGAUGACAGCUUGUGCAGUGUUGCCCGCUCCGCCAAGAUAG